AUGACAAUCCUGUCCUACUCCACUAAACGGAGACGCCUAAAUGAUGGGGCGUCUGCCCUCUCAAAACCAUUCAAGUCCCCACUAAAAGCAGCUACUCGGCCAUUCGAGGAUGGUGAAAGAGAUGGUGAAAAGGCUGUUGACACGAACAAUGGCCAAGAACAGAAAAAGGAUCUUACAGCCACGAUCCACAGCAGUCAUCUCGACGCGCAUCCAACCACAGCAUCCACAGGGAAGUCUACACCAACCGACCCAUCAACAGAUCACCUUAAGGAAGACUCUAUCCUCCAUGUCCUUGAAAAGCAACACUCCGACCUCAUCUUUCAACUCAACAGACUCGGCCAAAACCUCGACACAGCCCAACAAGCCCUCAAAAUCGCAUCCUCAUCUGCCGACACCGAGCUUGAAAACGUGAUCACCAAAUGGAAACUCGCAAGCCGAGAAGCAGCCGAGGAGGUCUUUCGAGGCGCCAAAGACCGCGUCAAUGGCAUGGGUGGUGUGGGUGCCUGGCGAGAGCGAAGCAGGAAGAAACCCGAGGGAUGGGACGACGAGAAUUUGCAGGCAGAUCUGAGGUACAUGAGCGAGGAGCAGAGAGAAGAAAUGGAGAUGCGGAAGGAUGAGUGGGAGACAGAGAGGAGGAAGUAUGGUUCUGAGAAGGAGGAAGAGGUGAUGGAAAAUGAGGAUGAUUCCUUCACGAUGGACAUGAUGCUGGAGAGCCUCAAUAUCGAGCUUGACGUGAUCGGCUACGAUAAAAAUAACCAAAGGUGGUGCGAUUGA